CUGCCCAGCCCACCUCCUCGCCUAAUAACUGCCCUCGGCCAGUCCACCCCUGCAAGGCCGGCGUCCAACUUCCCCACCCCCCUCCGCUGCGCACAUAGGGUUUCGCCCCAUGCGAUUGCUCCUCUUCAGUUGGCGUCGGCCGCCGGCCUCCUCAACAACUGCCCCCCCAUGUUAGUCCUGCCCUACGUAGACACCUGCAGUCAGUUGCCUACCACGACGCCCGCAGAUCUCGAGCGCGCCGUCCACCCUCUACAUCCUGUUUGCGCCCCCAUCAUCCUCCCAUGGGCCGUGAGCGUUGUGCUCCCUAGCGUGCUCCGCUCCUCUGAAAUCCCCUUCAGAUCCAGCUGCAGUGAGGAGGGGGCAGGCGGUGGCCAGAUCUGGAGGAGGCUGUCGCAUUCUCAUCGCGUCCGUGCAGCCAUCCCCUCCACUCAACGGCGCCCUGCUGCCUGUCCUCCAUCGCCCUCCCCUGGCCCCCGGCAUGUACCUCCCCUCGCAAUGCCUUCCUCCCUGAGGGCUUGUCAGUGCGAUUUCCGUACUCUUUUUUUUCCAGAGGGCACUAAACAUAUGGAAGCUACAGCCUGUACCAUACUGCUUUUGGAAGAGUGGCCACGUAUUGUAAACUACGGGGAACUCAGAUAAUUAGAUGAAUAAUUCAUGCACAGCUCAAGGAAGAGAUGAAAAUAGCAAUAUGAAGAAGUUACCAAUCUGAUGAAAUGAGAUGCAUUCUGAUUUGAGAGAGAAGCAGAUCAAACAUGUUAAUUUGAUUAUACUACAGUUGAGUUGUGUAGUAUUUGGUGCAUAGUUCGAGCUGAAGUGUGUAUUAAGAGGUUGCAUAUA